CGACGCGACGAUGACUACUCACGCCACAGUCGGCGCAGGCGCUCACGAUCCCGUUCUCCUGUGUUACAUCGACGGGCGUUUUCCACAACUCUCGAAGGUUCACUUCCGGCAGCCAAUGGUUUGCCAGAUGUUUCAUCCCUACCUCCUACUUCACUCAUGGGCUCACUUUUGGCCCAGGCCAAGGCGGCGGAGGAAGCUGCUGCCAAGGCGAAAGCGGCAGCCACAUCCAAACCAGCUACAGUUGGAGCAAUGACCGCAAUUGCAAAUGCCGCGGCAGAUCGGAUCAAAGCCGCACGUACUGGUGGUCUCGGCGUUUCAGGGAUAGAGGGAGCAUUAAUCGUCAGUGAAAAUUUAGAUAAGGAUGUGGAGCAGAGAAGACUUGACCAGGAAAUGCAGAAGGUAACCGAAUUAGUUUACAUUUUGCUCAUUCAUAUUCUUGUACAGCGUAGAGAAAGGAUUGAGCGAUGGCGGCGUGAACGCAAACUAAAGCAAGACAUACUGUCCGUACAGCAGAGGAUAGUGGAGACGGCAAGGCAACCCCGAUCAGCGAAGUGGAAUCUCGAUGACGAUGACGAUGAGGAGGACACAUCAAAGAAGUCGGCUCCGAGCAAACAGACUGCUGAGGAUGAAAUCGACCCGUUGGAUGCAUUCAUGCAGACGGUAAACGAGGAGGUCAAGAGCUACUCAGACCGUAAUCAGACUCCCACUACUGCCCCAACGCCCAAAACCAAUCAGUCUAAGCCGCCUGCCGGAACAAAACCGCCUCCAAAAACGGCAACCCCUGCAGUAAACUCGAAGCCACCGUUAAAGAAACGCGUUAUCGGUAAAGGGGAACUCAUGGAAAGUAACAUCGACGAGAUGGAAUACUCUUCAGAAGAAGAAGAAGAGACCCUUGAGGAUGCGUUGGCUCAUUUGCAGAAAAAGGAGAAACUACUACCUGUGGAUCAUUCGAAAAUACACUACAGACCGUUUCGGAAGAAUUUCUACAUCGAGGUUCCGGAACUGGCCAAGAUGAGCAAAGAAGAUGUGAAAGCCUAUCGAGCCAGCUUGGAGAAUAUUCGUGUUCGUGGUCAGGAUUGUCCGAAGCCUUUGAAAAACUGGGUUCAAGCGGGAAUCAGUUCACGGUUACUCAGUUGUUUGAAAAGAAAUAAUUUUGACAAACCCACUCCAAUCCAGUGCCAAGCUUUGCCUGUGCUCAUGUCCGGCCGGGAUAUGAUUGGAAUAGCCAAAACAGGUAGUGGUAAAACGCUCGCGUUUCUCGUUCCACUUAUGCGCCAUCUGGAGCAUCAGGAUCCUUUGGAACCCGGAGAUGGCCCGAUCGCACUUCUUCUAGCCCCAACACGUGAACUGGCUCUUCAGAUAUUCAAAGAGGCUAAAAAACUGGCUCAAGCUGUAGACGCCCGAGUUGUUUGUGUGUAUGGUGGAACAGGAAUUAGUGAACAGAUUGCUGAACUCAAACGGGGAGCAGAAAUAAUCGUUUGUACACCUGGUCGGAUGAUCGAUAUGCUUGCGGCCAAUGGGGGUCGUGUAACCAAUUUGCGUCGUUGCACAUAUAUCGUUCUGGACGAGGCGGAUCGCAUGUUUGAUCUCGGAUUCGAGCCUCAAGUAAUGCGCAUCGUCGAGAACUGCCGGCCCGAUCGUCAGACAGCUAUGUUCUCAGCCACGUUCCCCAGACAGAUGGAGUUGCUUGCCCGGAAAGCGCUCACCUUGCCAAUCGAAAUACAAGUUGGUGGGCGAUCGGUCGUGUGUUCGGACGUGGAACAGCACGCACUAGUUCUCACAGAAGACGAGAAAUUCUACAAAGUUCUGGAACUUCUAGGCAUCUACCAGGAAGCUGGUAGUGUCUUAAUAUUCGUGGAGAAACAGGAAAGUGCAGAUGAACUGAUGCGUGUGCUACUGAAAUACGGCUACCCUUGUUUGUCCCUACAUGGUGGAAUCGAUCAGUACGAUCGCGACUCCGUGAUGACCGACUUCAAGCGAGGCAAUAUCCGUCUUUUGAUAGCCACUUCGGUAGCCGCCCGUGGCUUGGACGUGUCUGAUUUGAUGGUCGUGAUCAAUUACGACUGCCCUAAUCACUACGAGGACUAUGUUCAUCGAUGUGGGCGAACUGGGAGGGCCGGAAAUAAAGGCUUUGCCUACACUUUCCUCACUCCGGAUCAGGAACGCAAUGCAGGUGACGUUGUUCGAGCAUUCAAACAAAGUGGUCAGAAGCCUCCAGAAGACUUGCUAGUCAUGUGGAACUCGUACAAAACCAGAAUGGCUGCAGAAGGCAAGAAGGUGUUCGGAUCCUCGGGUUUCCGUGGUAAGGGCUUCAUGUUCGAUGAGGCCGAGGCCCAGCUUAACAGUGAGAAACGUCGGGCCCAGAAAGCCGCUUUGGGUUUGCAAGACUCCGAUGAAGAAGAAGCUGAUCCGUCCAGUCUCGAUUGGGAGUCGAAGAUUGAAGAUAUGUUGGCUAGUAAACGGAAGGUGACGGACGUUGCCAAGAGUUCCAUUGGAGAACUGACAACAGACACUGCCGCUGCAAGUGCCCAAACAGCUUCCACUCCCCUCAGUGCAGCCUUGGCCUUAGCUCGUCAAAAGGCUGCCCAACUGGGUAUAAAUAAAAACCUGGGCACAACCGCUCCGGUCACGCGUGCGGACGCCACACAGGCCACAGCCAUUGCAGUCCUGUCGGGUACGACGCCGCCACCUACUGUGGGCCCGGCCAGUGCCAGUGUGGCGGCCGCAGCAGCUGCUGCCGCGGCCGUCACAACAGGAAUCACCAGUAGCCGGACUCUGGCCGAACAAGCAGCCGAAAAGCUCAACGCCAAAUUGGGCUACUCUAAACAAACCGUAGCUGGAAGCGGUGAAGAGGAGCCGAACGCUCCCGCAGGCAGUGACGUCGUACGCAGGUUUGAAGAGGAACUGGUUAUAAAUGACUUUCCCCAAAGUGUACGUUGGCGCAUCACUGGGCGUGAUAUGCUCAAUCACUUGAAUGACUUUUGCAACGUUGGUGUGUCUGUACGUGGAGUGUAUAUGCCUCCAGCGAAAGCGAAGACACAUGUUCCUGAAGGAAGCGACGAUCGACCACUGUAUUUGUGCAUCGAAGCUGUCACCGAGCGAGAAAUCACUAUCGCGAAGAAGGAGAUAAUGCGUGUAAUCAAGGAAGAAAUGUUGAAAGUGCAGUCCGGAAGUGCGUCCAGUCGCGGACGGUACAAGGUUGUUUGAGCUCAUCCCAUCCCGCACUGAUUCACGUUGUACAUAAUGCCUGUUGUUGUCUUCUAACCUGACUGGCCGCUGUUUUCUGCAGGCGACUUUGCAGUCGCAUCCCGUUUCCGGAUAAAUAGUGCGUACCUUCGGCGUCCCUGUUUCCACCGGCGUCACUUUUGAGACAAUA